AUGCCUUAUCAAGAAACUGGUAUCAUUGACCAAGUUUUUACAUUUUAUGUAAAGUCUUUUAUAAAAUCAUACCAAUUUUGGUUAAAAUGUUGUGAUGAAAAUAAUAGUAAUAAUAUAUUAAAAAAAGUUCAUUCAGCUAUUGAAAAAAGUGAACAAAUAAUUGAUGAAACUGUAACAGCAAUUGAAGAUGAUAUAAAAGAUGUUGUUGGUUCAGUUUUUGAAAAAGAAUCAAGAACACAGGCAGUUUUUCAAAAAUAUUUUGGUAUUUUAAUCUCUACUUACAAAUUCAAUAUAAUUUUACUAUUGUUAAUUUUAUUUGCUAGUAUUUAUUUUUAUAAAAAAAUUUGUUCCAAAUUAGAUGAAAACAAAAAUAAGGAUAUUCAGUGUAGUCAAAGUAAUUUAUCAGAGAAUGAUAGUACACAAGUUGAUGGAAAAAAUAAAAAUAAUGAACAUUUAACAACAAAGAUAAAGGAAAUUGUUCAUAAACUUGCUGGAACUGACUCUGCAACAGCUCAUAUAACUCCAAAAUUAACCCCUGAAGUUAGAAACUUUGAAUCUACAAAUUUAAAUACUGAAAGCCAAGGGAAAACUUUAAAUACUUCUUCUAUUUGUAGUGCUGCAGAAACAUCUAAAACAGAAACUUUUCCACAAAUAGCUUCAAUCUUACCAACUAAAACUUCAAGUAAUCCUUUAAAAGAUGCUGUUAUUAAAAAAAAAUUAUCUUCAAAAGGUAAUAAAAAAAGUAAUAAAAUGACACCAGAACAAUUACCUGAUCCAUUUGAUGAUUUUUUCAAACAUAUGGAUCAAAAUUUAGAAGAAAAUCAAAAUUCAAAUAAUUUAAAGGGUAAAGAUAAUAAAGGUUCAAAUAAUUCAAAACAACAAAAUGAAACUCCUUCCAGUGAAUUGGGAGAAACAACAUUUGGUGAUACUUCUAAAAAUUCAAUAAUACUGAAGAAGGCUUCCAAUAAAGAAAAAGAAACUACUAAUGAUUGUGAAUUAAAUAAUUCAAAUAAAAAUAAGUCUCUUGUACAACCUACUAACAGUAAUUUAUUAAAUGAAAACAAAAAAACAUCUCCUAAAAAUGAUAUGAGUAUCUAUCCAACAGCUAAAAAAAGUAAAAAUAGUGAUAAGAUAGGACAAAAUUCAGGGUUAAUGGAUAAUGAAAUUUUAUUAGAAAAAACUCAACCAUCUGAAGAAGCAAAUCAAAUAGAAAGUAAUGUUUCAUCAAGUAUGGAUGAGUCUUCUUCUUUACCAUCUUCAACAUCAUCAACCUCAUCAAUUAUUGAUCUUAAAAGAGGUCCAAAAAAUUCAACUUUUGAAGCAUUAAUUAAAAAUAUAUCAUUAAACUAA